UUUUUUUUUUUUUGCUACUAUUCCUUUUCCUUCUCACAGUCAUAUGCAUUCCUCCUCCUCCCUUGCCCCCCCGCACCCCGGCGCGGCCCUUCCCGAAACCAACUCUUCGCUGAGCGAUUAGAGACUUCGGACGUCUCCGGGUGCAGGAGGCGGGGAUGGGGCUGGUAAACACAGCAAAGGCACUUCCAGAAUGUCCCGAUUCAGCAACUUUCUUUUCUUUCUUCCCCCUUCCCCCUCCCUUCAAGGGCAGCAAAAGAGGCUUUUGUUAUUUGCUCCUUUUGAAGUUUGUUUCCCUCUUGCUUGGUCCCCCUCCUGUUUAUAAUUUAAGAUCUUGGGAGCACACGGGCACUAUGCUCUCUUUACAAAAAAUGUAAUUUCUCUGUGUAACCGGUAGCCUCUGUAUUUCUCGCUUUUAUCUAAUCAGACUUCCUGCACCACCGCACCCACCCCCCGAAAACACACACACACACACACACACAUACACUCACACACACAGGUGGAUGAAAGCGCUUAAGUUUCCAGGUUAUUGAGGUUUGAAUUUUUUAAUGGCAAAUUUGAAACAUUGUUGCCAGUUUCCUUUACUUUUUCCCUCUCUUGCGUUAUUUUUCUCUUUUCUGUCUUUCCGUUGUCUCCUUCGACUGCCGCCACUAACCCUGUCUCUCCUCACUCCUGUUCCCUAUUUGGGCCCCUUUCAUUCAGGUAAAACUGUAAAUUUCCCAAUGCGCCAUUGUUCCCUUGGGCUGCCCAAAGCUCCCUAGAGAUCCCCGAAUACUUUUUUGGUAUUUAAAUCCCCAAUAGAUAGGACCAAUGUAAAUUUUGUGACAUUCAAACCUUUUCUAGUUCACAAAUCAGUCACCCUUGUCACAGUUAUUGAAAUUCCGCAACUCGCCACACCAGGACGGUGGAAAAAGCGGGCGCGGUCUUUGUUGCGGACCAGGCUUUUGAUCGCCAGAGAAAAUUUACUUACCUUCAGAUGAGUGAGCAGAAAAAGAAAUAACACUCCCUUUGAUUUAGUUAGGAAAAUGCAGACAUUUGGAUUCAGUGCAAACAUACAACACUCGCUUGUUUUCGCGAUGCGGCCCUCGAUUAACCUGUCUUUGCCUAGCGCAAAGUCUAUUCAACAACUGCGCGUAGUUUCUUUUUGUCCCUUCCACAAAGAGCCAUUGACUAUAUAUUAAAAUGAUUGUUGAAAGGUAGGGGAGUAUGGUACUUAAAAGCAGGAAAAAAAAAUCCCUGUGACUCAAUCAAUUAAGCCGAGCAACAUUUAUGCAUUUCAAAAAAUGCACGCGGAUGCGGGGGGUUGUGGGGAUGAAGGUUGCAUUUCUCCGCAGCUCUGUUUAAAACCCAGCAGUCCUGGCCGAGGGUUUAGCUGAAGCGUCUGCAUAUUCAUUAGGUCUAAUUAUUUUCUAGUAAGGAAAACACAAAAAGCCAAGAGUCGGAAUCCUUCAAUUUACCCUUUGUUUCUAACUUCAUUUGGCUUCUUUGCAGCUGAAUCAAAGCCCUAAACUCUUUUUCCAAACAAAGAAACCUCAACUCAUCCUUUCAUAGGCGGCCCGGUUAGGAAACUCACCGUGCCCCAGCGAGAGGAAAAUGAAAAUGAAUAUAUUUUUUGCCCUGACGCCAGCGCUGACUGCACUGGCUGGAGGAAGGCAGGGUCAGCGUCCGCCGCUCCUCGCCUUUCUGGUUUUCUGGUCUUCUCACCGACUAGAUUCUCGCUUGGGGCUGGCCGGCGGGACUGCCCUUUCCAUGGGCUGUGCUUGCUCAAAAGUCGGCUUGGGUAUCCGGGAUGAUUUCCCGGUGCCUGAAGGGACCUGGCUGAGCAUUUGUGCUUGCGCUGGGAAAUAUAAAUUCGAGAAAAAAAAUUAAUUGUUCUGUUCCCAUCAACAAGUCUGAGUCUAGCAGCCCAGCAUUUCCCACCAACUUUGAGUGGAAUGGAAUGAGGAGUGGAGGUAAAGAAAGGGCUGAGGCAUCUUUAAAAAUUAUUAUACACCUGGUUAGAAAAAAAAGAUAUAUCGGAGGCACUAAGUCUUUUUACCUACAAGGGGAAGUUGGAUCCUGCUUCCCCUGGAGUUGAGAAAACCUCAUCUGCAAGGAGAAGUUUUCUCCAGAGGCUAUAUUCCUCUCACUAGGGAGAACCGAUAUUGAACCCACCUCGCCCGCCUUUCAGGAAACACACGCGGGCGCGCACACACACACACACACACACACAAAACAAGGGAGGGGACCUAAGGGGGGAAGGGUAGCUGUUGGGAGGGGGAGAGGGAAAAUAAUUCUUCAAAAAAGAAAAGUCAGUCUUCUCCUCUCCAGUCCUUGGAAAUCCAACGGGGACGUUGACAAGAGGGUAUUUUUAGGAAACACAUCCAAAUAUACAGGGUAAGAGUGAAUGUGAGAAAAAAAAAAGUUGUGGGUUGUAGAAGUUAUCAAGUGGGAUUUGCGGCGCUCUCUGCAGGAAACGCGAGCGGCUCCAGUUCAAAGCCACAUGCACCAACGUGACAUAUAAGCCAUUAAAAUAUCAUCCUGACGGCUCAUUUCUGCUUCAUCAUACAUUCCCUAACUGUUUCCCGAAAGCUGGAAAAGGAGAAGUGAAGGAUGACCGCCUCGCUGGAACCACCAAAGAGAGGCUUGGAGGGGUUUGUGGUCCCCUCUCAGCCACCCCGAAAUGAUGUGCAGAAAUGAGGCGAUCCUGGCAACAGGUGGAGUGGGGGUCAAAGCGCCAAGUUAGCCCAGAUGGCAGCAAGACGAUGGAACUUCUCCGCCCCAACCUGACGGCAGAUGCCGCCUGAGUCCACCUCCGAGCGGCUCCUUGCCCUCCCUCAUCCUGGUCCUGCCUCAGGAAGCUGACUGCUGGGAUCUGCUCUCUGCGCGCGGCCAGCAGUGGGCUCAAAGUCAGAAAAUGAGAUACAAGACAUCCUUGGUGAUGAGGAAAAGAUUACGGCUUUACCGAAACACUCUAAAAGAGUCAAGUAGCAGCUCUGGACACCAUGGCCCCCAGCUCACCGCCGCCUCCAGCCCCUCGGUGUUCCCGGGCCUCCACGAGGAGCCUCCCCAGGCCUCCCCCAGCCGUCCUUUGAAUGGACUCCUGCGUCUGGGGCUCCCUGGAGACAUGUACGCGCGGCCAGAGCCCUUCCCGCCAGGGCCUGCGGCCCGCAGCGACGCCCUGGCAGCUGCUGCAGCCCUGCAUGGCUACGGGGGCAUGAACCUGACGGUGAACCUCGCUGCGCCCCACGGUCCUGGCGCUUUCUUCCGCUACAUGCGCCAGCCCAUCAAACAGGAGCUCAUCUGCAAGUGGCUGGCGGCCGACGGCACCGCGACCCCGAGCCUCUGCUCCAAAACUUUCAGCACCAUGCACGAGCUGGUCACGCACGUCACCGUGGAGCACGUCGGCGGCCCGGAACAGGCCAACCACAUUUGCUUCUGGGAGGAGUGUCCGCGCCAGGGAAAGCCCUUCAAAGCCAAAUACAAACUUGUAAAUCACAUCCGCGUGCACACGGGCGAGAAGCCCUUCCCUUGUCCUUUCCCGGGGUGUGGGAAGGUCUUUGCUAGAUCAGAAAAUCUCAAAAUACACAAACGAACUCACACAGGCGAGAAGCCCUUCAGAUGCGAGUUCGAGGGCUGCGAGCGGCGCUUCGCCAACAGCAGCGACCGUAAGAAGCAUUCGCACGUGCACACUAGCGACAAGCCAUACACGUGCAAGGUGCGGGGCUGCGACAAGUGCUACACGCACCCCAGCUCUCUGCGUAAGCACAUGAAGGUGCACGGGCGCUCGCCGCCGCCCAGCUCUGGCUACGAUUCGGCUACACCGUCUGCCCUCGUGUCGCCCUCGUCGGACUGCGGCCACGAGUCCCAGGUGGCCUCCUCGGCGGCGGUGGCGGCGCGUAGCGCCGACUUGAGCGAAUGAUGUCCACCGCGUUGCUCGCAAGGUAAUCUCGCUCCGCGCAGCUGAGCGCCCCGCAUCUCGCGCCUGCUACAUCAAAGGGCCCGCGCACAAAGCAGUGUUUCUUCGCCACGGUGCAUCUUCAUGGUAAGUUAGGAUUUCUAUGGCAAUGUGCAAGUCGCACUGAAAUCCUGAAAGGCCAAGCCUGGAGCCCGUCCAGGCUUUUCAUUAAGGACAUAAUAUUUACGUCUAACAGACCUUUUUUCUUGUGUAUACAAGUAUAUAUUUUUGUUUGACGCGGACUAAAUCAUUUUCAUUUAAUUUCCGGUAAACAAAACCCACGCGAAUGGGCACUUGUACCCGAUCAUAAUAAAAAUGGAUAAUAAUGUGAAGGAAGAAAAGAGCCGCUUGAAUCGCCGCUCAGCCCCCUUUGUUUCUGCUUUCUGCGGUGAUCAGAGGGCGCAUUUGGGUUUGAUGGCGAGUUUCUAAAGGCGAGGAAAUGGUUUGUAAGAGGGGAAAGAAAAGGAGAAAGGUCUAAUCAAGCUCGGGUUGUUCAAAGAGUCGGGUUUUGGGGUUGAAAGUGUGAGUUUGACGGUGCAUCAGCAUGCCGCGUUAGGCUCGCCAUGGAAAUACGCGCGGGGAGCGGCCGCUUCAAAGGCGGCACACUUCACUACAGACACUCUAUUAAGAUACAUUUGCGCUGACCUUUGCUUUCACGCCAUUUAAUACUGUCACUGCGCUCUCCAGUAUAUACUUCCUUUCUAGAACCCGACUUGCCCACGUUUAGGGGUUCACUCUGCACCCUGAUGUGGGAGGCUUUGGCGCAGGGGACACCUUCAGGAAAGGGAGGAGCACAAGGACUCUGUGCAUCUUGACUGCGCCCCAAAGAGUCUCCAGGAUCAGGAGUGAAUGAUUUUAAAGCAGCCUCCGAAGCUUAACAAAUGAGCAUUCCAAGUUCAGUUUUGUGCAAAUCGCCUUUCUAACUCUUGAGUAGGAUGGAGGCUUAAAUUUAAUGGGGACUUGGGGGGAAGGGAGCCACCCUGGGGGAGGCUGAGGAGUUCAGACUGUGCCCUUGGGAAUUUCCACUCUGGCUUUCCGUGCCACUCUUCUUCCUCUCCAUCCCAUACGUCUCUUGCGGCCCCUCAAACUUGUUUCUUUCUAAGGCAGGGUGUGUGGUACCCUUAGGCCUGGACUUGUCCUAGAUGAAAACUCAAGAGCCCAAGGCCAAGGGGAUGUGGGGAAGAUGGCAGGAAAGUUAGAAGUCCAUGUUCCCUUAAUUGUCUUGUUGUUUAUUUUAUCCAAGUACCCCAGUGAAUAGGGGAAAAAUAAACACAGUGAAAAAAAAUCAAACAGUGGAGUCUUCUUUAGUGCCAGUCCUUGUGGUUGAAUAAAAAGGAUGGUCCGCUUUCUAUUGAGCUGAGAAAUCUUUGAAGUGGGAGUUAUUAUCUGAGACAUUCCUGCUUGUCGUCCUAACAACGCUGAUGAAACGUAAAAGGUUCUUUGUCAGCGAUUUGUUCUCCUCUCUGUCAAACUCCCUCUGCCCCGUUAGUUUCAAACCGUUUCUAAAGAGAUAAAAAUCAAACUUCUUUUAAAAAAAUAUCCACACACAGCACCAAUACAUAACUUUAGGUCUAAGUCUUGCUAAGGGAUAAACAAAAGCAAUGCCUAGACAUCAGGGUCAGGGCCUGGCCUGGUGAAGUAUGCAGAAGUUGGGGGGCCCUCGGGACAAGCUUUGGGACAUGAGGAAAAGAAUGCAGAGAGGGUGCAAGCAGAAUACAUACCUUAAGUCCAUAAUUGUGUGUCUGCUUCUUUCUGCUCCGGCGUGCAUUCAAUCAGCCCAAGUUGGGUCACCUAGAUGGGCUUCCUUUGGGUACCCCUCAGGCUCCUAAUAUUCUUGCCCAGGAUCCUUGGAACUUAAGAAUGCAGCCAAGCAAUUGUUAAUAUCUCCUGCUCCUUCAAAGCCACCUCUGCUAAAAAUAGACCCAUUGUGUGUUUCUUCUCACUAGCAGCAAUCAGCAAGCCCUGUCUGCCAUUAAUAAGGAGAAUAGCUGAAGGAGAGAGAUGUUUUAUUAAUUUCCUGUUUCCUUCAGAAUCUUGGCAAUUGAAGUUUAGAAGGUUUGGUCUACAACACAGUGAUCAAAAAUGCAUGUAAAUGCCCAUCCUUCCUCUCAUUCACAUGUGCAGUUGUUCAUUUUAUAUUGUGCCCAGCAAAGAAACUUUCACCCAGUUCAGGUUUCCCCAAAACUCCUGUGGUGGUUUUGAAGGUGGUUUAAAUAAAUAAGGAUGUGCUGGUCCCCCUACUCUGUGUGUGCUGAAUAAAUGACUUGUAAAGAAGUUUUUCCAAGCUGUAACCCAUGCUGUUAUUAUAGUUGCUGCAAAAUGUUGUUCCUGAUAUUGAUUUUAUUUGUUAACUGGAGGUCUCCAUAUGUUUGUUUAUAUUGCUAAUUUAUGAGAAAAUGUAAUAAUUGCAAUGAAUAUGAAUUAUACAGACAGGCAAACAUUUUGAAAUCACAAUUCACAUAUACACAAAAGCCUGGCUGAAACCUUUAGACUCUUUGUACCCUCUCUACCCAUACUGUUUGUGAUUUAUCAUGUCUCUUUAGUGUCAGUUAAAUUAUGAACUAACUUGAAAAUAAAAGUUGUUCGACUGAAAGUGAUUGUUGAGUGAACAACAGAGUUGAAAGCCAUGGCUUGAUCUUGUAAAUAUGUAAAUGUAAAUGAUAUUAAAUCUGUGAUUCCUUUUCCCUCCAAAGGCCUUUGUGUACAUGGCGCUCCAUUUGGCUAUUUUCUUUGGAAAUAAAUAAUGUGAUGUUUCCCGUCCUCUUU